UCCAGCCAAUGGGAACGCCGCGUCCGAGGAGCCGCAGGAGGAACCGUCCAGCCGCCGAAGCUAGCGGGACAAGGACCAAGAUGGAGAGAACCGGAGCCCGCGGUGUCGCCACCGGCCGGAGCCGCUGACGGAGGAGGAACAGCGAACGGAUUCGACUUAACGACGCGGCUUGAUUCUGCCUCACGUCGGGUUCCGGAGGGCCGCGUUGAGCUAGCUAACUUCAACGUUAGCCCGUUAGCUUACGUAAAAGACGACGCAGCGGGUUUGUCGGGCUUGUUUUGGGUUUGCGGCGCGAAGACGUCAGACUGCAACGGCCCGUUAACCGGCUUAAAGCCCGAACGCGGCCCGCGGAGCGUCCGGCUCCCCGGCGGAGCUCGGCCGCGGCGGAGAGGCCGAGGCGGGGCUGUUUGCGGGACUUUGACUCGGAGCCGCGAUGUCACACGGACGUACGUUUAACCGGACUUUGGGUCGCGUGACGCGGGGAGAUCUGUUUGAAAUGGCCGGCAGCGCGAGGAGGACUCUCCGUGAGCUUAGUCGCCAUUUAAGCAUCUAGAGGUUUCAGGUGAGAACGAAGAUGGAGACCGAGGUGAGGUCUCGCCGGGGCGAGCUGCUCGUCCACCGGCCGCCCGGCCCCCCGGGGGUCUGCAGCGAAAUGCUGGAGGUGGCAGAGGAGGCCAACCGGGCCGGGGACUUUAACCUGGCCGUGGAGAUCUACGGCUCCAUGCUGUCGGACCUCCAGCAGCCGGACCGGGGCUUGUGUCUGAGGAAGGCCGACUCUCUGACGCGAGCCGGGCGGAUCUCCGAGGCGCUGGACUCGUUCUGCACGGCGGCCACUCUGGGCAAGCUGCGCCCGGAGGAGCUUCCCGUCCUGGUGGAAACCAUCGCGCGGACCCUCCGCGAGAAGGAGCUGGGCCUGUCGAACGCGUCCGGGACACGCAGCGGGGGGGCGGACGGCGUCCCGGACGGCGACGGUGACUGCGCGGUGGACGAGGCCCUGGACCUGUUCUCCUGUGGCCUCUGCAGGCGCCUCCUGCACGAGCCCACCACCGUGGAGUGCGGGCACACCUUCUGCAGGAGCUGCGUGGAGGCCGUGGAGGAGUGCGCGCACUGCCAGCAGCGGCUGAGCGGGAAGGACGCGGUGCCGAACGGACACCGGCUGGACGUGGUCCUCAGCGGCCUGCUGGCCAAGCUGUUCGCCGCCGAGAGCCAAGCCCGGAAGCUCUGGGCGGAGGGCGAGCUGCUGUGGAAGAACCAGAGCCCCGCGCAGGCUUUGGAGAAGUACAACGCCGCCGUGGAUCUGGCGCCCUCCUCAGGCAGGCUGCUGUGCCAGCGGGCGGCCUUGCUCAUGGACAUGAGGAACUUCAGUCAGGCCGUGCAGGACGGCAGCAGCUUGUGUCGGAUGAAACCUCUGUGGGGCGAGGCUCACUGUGUGAAGGCCUCGGCGCUGAUUGGGGCGGGGCAGAAGGACGAGGCCCUGCAGGAGCUCUUCUUGUGUGUGGCGCUGAAGCCCGACUGGACCGAAGUGAAGCUGCAAGCCCAGAAGGUCCUCAGUGAGGUCUUCUCCUCCGUCUUCGAGAGCGAGGGGGUGCCCCCCCUGCUGCGCCCGCUGCAGGGGGGGCUGGGCCUCCUCAAGCCCCCCGCCCUGCUGAGGAGCCUGAGGCCGCUGACGCAGAAACCCGGCUCCGCCUCCUCACAGGACUCUGAGUUCAGCGGGACUAAAAGUCCUCCGGCGGACGAGUCCUUGUGCCGAGUGUCCUCGGCGUCUCCCGGUAGAUCGGAGCACGGCGCCGGUGAGAGCAGCGCCAAGAGCCUGGCCGGCGUCCUGGCCGCCCUGCCGCCGCCCCCCGGAGGCCUCAAACGGAAGCACAGCGGAGACGGCGCCGUGGUGGCCUUCAACCCCCCCACCAAGCUGCUCCGACCAGACGAGGAGAGCGGCGUGGAGGCGGCCUCGCCGCUCGGAGGACGGUCGUUUCCUGCCGGGCUGCUGGACAGUGGAGACAUGGAGUGUUCCCUCUGCAUGAGGUUGUUCUACGAGCCGGUGGCGACGCCCUGUGGACACACCUUCUGCCUCAAGUGUCUGGAGCGCUGCCUGGACCACAACUCCAACUGCCCUCUGUGCAAGGAGAACCUGUCCGAGUAUCUGGCCACUAGAGGCUACAGCAAGACCCUGCUGAUGGAGGAAGUGCUCCAGCGUUACCUCGGAGACGAGCUGGCAGAGCGAAAGAAGAUCCACGAAGAGGAGAUGAAGGAGCUGUCCAACUUGAACCAGGAAGUUCCCAUCUUCAUUUGCACCAUGGCGUUCCCCACCAUCACCUGCCCGCUGCACGUCUUCGAGCCGCGCUACCGCCUCAUGAUCCGCCGCUCCAUGGAGACGGGCACCAAGCAGUUCGGCAUGUGCAUCGCUGACGAGCUCAAGGGCUUCGCCGACUACGGCUGCAUGCUGGAGGUGCGAGACGUGAAGUUCUUUCCUGACGGUCGCUCGGUGGUCGACACCAUCGGCGUGUCGCGUUUCAAGGUCCUCAGCCACGGACAGAGAGACGGCUACAACACCGCCAAGAUCGAGUACCUGGAGGACAAGAAGGUGGAGGGGGAGGAGCUGGCGGAGCUUCUGAAGCUGCACAACGCCGUGUACGAGCAGGCCAACAACUGGUUCACCUCGCUGAAGGACAACAUGAAGAGCCAGAUCCUCAGCCACUUCGGUCAGCUCCCCAGCCAGGACUCGGACCCCCAGGCCAGUCCCAGUGGUCCGGCCUGGUGCUGGUGGCUGCUCGCCGUCCUCCCGCUGGAGAACCGAGCCCAGCUCACCAUCCUGGCCAUGACCUCCCUCAAGGACCGCCUCAUCGCCAUCCGCAGGGUCCUCAUCUUCGUCAGCAGGAGGCGGCCGCGGUGAUCGCCGGCGUGCUUGGGGAUGGGGGGAGGUGGGAGGGGGACCAAAGACCCGAAUCGUCCUGGCUUCUAUGAAGUCCAGCAAAUUGUCUUGAGACUGACUGGUUCUCUUGUGUGGACGUUUACCCCCCCCCCCACCUCCGUCGCUCCACCUGCGUCUCCUCGCCUCCGGUCGGGUCCAGCCGGUCCGCCCUCCUCUCUGACCCCCCAUUGUUCCUUCUUCUACUGAGCAGUGUUUCUUCUUCUGAGCUGAAACUGCAGUUUUUCUGUGGCUGUUUGUGCAGUCAAAAGAAAAAGAAACCGUCCUGAAACAUGAAGGAAGAAAAGCGUCGUUAUGGCGUCACAGCGAAUGUUCCCGUCCGGCUUAUUUCUCCUCUCCGACCUCAGCGAGAGAAAAGCGCCGACACGAGCAUCACGCCGCGUUCCUCGAGUUCUCAGAGGAGACGAAGGACGACGCUGUCCCCUCUGAAGCGGCGCCGUGAUGUCCCGCCGUAGCAUAUCUGAGGGACGGUGUCCUGCUGGUGUUCUCCUGUGGUUCUCUGCUGCGUCCGGUGAAAUGUUCAUCCGGGGGAUUCUCGUGUUUAUCAUGUAACUCUGAGGCCUUUUAAAUGUUUAAGGAACAAUUCACCUUCUUUCUGAGACGUUUGCGUGCGAUGACUUCAGUCGGUAUCAGUGUUUGUCAGAACGCACAGCGGCUUCUCUUGGAGUGUUUUGGAUACUUCCCGCUUCAGAGAAGCAGAAACAUGUUGGUAAAAAACCCAGCAUGCAUUCUGAGAAGGAAACGGGUUGAAUGUUCCUCAUGAUGAGCGUAAUUGACCCGACGUGAGAUUAACGGGGCGAUGUGGACGGUUCCAGUUAUUUUGCUGUGGCCUUUAACGUCUGUACGUCCUCUUCGGUCGCUUCCUGUUCACUGGCUGUCAACUCUUACGUCCCACCUGUGACGGUUGGAGCUGAACCACCGUCCUGUAGCAUUUAGAGACACGAGUCAGCAGCGACCUUCACAACUUAAAGCUCUAAAAGACGUUUUGGUGAGAAAUACUGAGCCGUUAUUGGAGCUUUUGUAAAAGAAGAAUGAAUGAUGAAGCAUUUAGAUCAGCGAUCUGUCCAGAUGUUUGGGGGGGGGGUCACAACGUGCUGUGUUUCCCUGGUAUACGUGUAAAGGGAGAUCUUUUACCUAUUUUUUAUUGCAAAUAAAGAAUGAUAAUAUUGUG